AUGGCCUCCCACCGCAGUCGCGCCGUGACUCCUGGCUCCCUCUUUCUUCUCGCAGCAUUCGUGCUACUCCUCCUCUCUGUCAUCUCCGCCCCGGUAACCCGUUUCUCUAAACUUGGGGAAGACUCAGCAUUCACCUAUGGUGUCCUCGGAUACUGUCCCAUCGGUUCUGGUUCGUGUUCGAGCGCGGGGGUGGGAUACGACUUCCCCAGUGGCGCCGAUACGGAUUACCUGUUGAGCAGCAUACGCGGUACUCUGGCGAAGAUCCUGGUCGUUCAUAUCCCAGCUGCUGCGUUGACGCUUAUCAACCUCAUCUUUGCUGGGUUCGCACAUUUGAGAUCGGGGGCGCAUUCACCACGGUAUCUGUGCUUUGUUGCGGUGUUGCCCUUGGUGAGCAGUAUUAUUACGCUGUUGGCGUUCGUGAUUGACAUCCUUGUGUUCUGGCCGCAUUGUGCUUGGGGUACUUGGAUUACUUUGGCGGCGUUUAUUCUCAAUAUGUUCGCUUCUCUCUUGAUUUGUUGUGCAAGCCGUACCGUUAGGAACCGCAAAGCUCGCAAGCGCUCCAUCGACCAAGAUGCCGACAUGAAUGCAGCAGACUACUACUCCCAACAACGCGCCCUCGACAGCGAACUCGCGACCGCAGAUGCCAACAGUCUCCCCAAAUUUGCAAGCUUCGAGGCACCAUCCAACCGAACCCUCAACGAGCCCGUCGGCGGAAGCACCACCAAACUCCCU